UCCAACAACAAAUGUACAUGUUUAUCAAGUACGGUGAAACCCAUUGGACGUCCGUCAUGAAUCAUAAGGAUACAUUCCAGUAAAAAUGACCACAAUGACGAUGGUUUUCAAUAACAUUUAGUAAUUAAUAUUUGUGAGCGUACGUCGUGUGUGAUGUUAAAAAUGAAUCAAAGUGUUAUAGUGAAUGUUUUACAACAUAAUUUAUCUGUGUUGAACUAUAAUGGAACUGUUAAGGAAUUGGGUGCGGUACAGCUGUUCACGAACUAUCCAGAUGGUCUGCUCGUCUUCGCAGCUGUUUGUUGUACUCUUUUCAUGUGCAUCGGUAUCCCCGGCAACUUGAUAACUAUCAUCGCACUUGCUAAAUAUGAAAAAGUUCGGAACGCAACUGCGAUAUCUAUCAUGAAUCUCUCGUGCUCCGAUCUUCUGUUCUGCUGCUUCAACCUUCCUCUCGCCGCGUCGACUUUUUGGCAGCGAUCAUGGAAGCAUGGCCGCGUCCUCUGCCGCAUGUUCCCGUACGCGCGCUACUCCCUUGUAGCUGUCUCACUCUUCACCGUCCUCACGAUUACUAUCAAUAGAUACAUUAUGAUCUCACAUCCAAACCUCUAUCCUAAGUUAUACAGGCGUCGGUAUCUAGUGCUGAUGUUAUUGUGCACUUGGAUUUUCCCUUUCGGUGCACUAAUACCUACGUGGUUUGGAAAAUGGGGUCGUUUCGGACUCGACACUUACGCCGGCUCUUGCAGUAUACUACCAGACGAUCACGGCCACUCUCCAAAAAGAAGCUUAUUUGUCAUUCUCUCUCUACCUUUGAUAGCAAUAAUCUUUUGCUAUCUGAGAAUUUUCUACAUUGUUAGAAAAACAACACUCGCAGCAGGCGGACCAAUUCUGCGUAAAACUAUAAAAUUGGGCCAAGAGGAUUCAUCUACUACAAGCGAAAGACGAUCAAAAUCUGUUCCAUGUCACUACAUAGAUGUAUCAACACGAGAUAUAUCUGCAACAUCAAUGCAUAAUUUAAACAACACACCCGCUGAUUCCUUACAAAAUGUCAGAUUUGAUAUGAAUCAAACAGAUAGAAGUGAUUUUUUAGAUGUUCCAAGAAUUUCAAAUAAACCCGCUGCAAGUUUCCGAAGAACUGUUCUAAGGAAAUCAUUGGCACUGGUAAAGUUAUCGCUUCCGACGAGAAAAGACAAAAAACUAGGUACAAUGAUAAUGGCUAUUAUGAUAUCCUUUUGCAUGACUCAUCUUCCUAUAACAGUGACAAAAUUGGUGCAUGAUUACACCGCUCACCCUUAUGCGAACAUCGCUAGUUACAUACUAUUAUACAUGGCUACUUGCAUCAACCCUGUCAUAUAUGUAGUCAUGUCCAAUGAAUAUAGACAAGCUUACAAAAAUUUGUGGAAGUGUCGAUGACGUUAUAAAUUCUAGUAAACAGUUAAACUAGCUAGUCAUGAACCAAACAAAGAAUAGAACCUAAAAAGAUGUCAUAUUCGAAUUCGUUGCAGUUUUUUUUU